CUCCUGCACCUCUUCCACACCCGCAACAAAAACCAACACUCCCACUCCAUCUGGUACCGACACUUUAACAUUUUCCGCCGCCAACUCUCCCACUUGACAUCGAACCUCACCACCCUCAACACCAUCCCCACGACAUCCCACCACGCGCAAACGCACAAGAAAAAAACUCUGGAUCCGAUUCUCAUCGCACGGAUUCGCGCCCGAGUGAAUUAUUGGAGAGAUUUUCUCGCGCGGAAAUGGCAGAGGGCGUUUUCGCAGCUGGUGGCGGAUCAGAGAUUUGGUGUGUUGGGGAUUUUUUUGUUGGCGGUUUUGGCCCAGGUUUGUGGCAUUGUGGGGAUUACGGCCGAGUGGGAGGAGAUG